AUGGUGACGACAAAGUUUAUUGACAGUCCAGAUACAGCCGUGGAUACGGCGGUGAAGGCACUCUGCAUGACACUGCCGCACCUGCAGGUCAUUGAAAACACACAUGUAGUGGUGAACCGUGAUCUUGACCCAACCCAAGUUUUCCUUAUCUGCGGAGGUGGUGCUGGGCAUGAACCCGCUCAUGUGGGAUUUGUUAAUUCUGGCUGGUUGAGUGCCGCCGUCUCUGGAGAUGUCUUUGCAUCGCCCCCCAGCAGUCAUGUAAGUGCUGCUAUUGAUUAUCUGCAUGGUAAACAAGGCCCUAAUGGUCCUGGAAUCCUUGUUAUUGUUAAGAAUUAUAUGGGGGAUCUUUUGAACUUUCAGUUUGCCGUUGACGAGGCUAAAGAGAGGGGUAUAAAUGUGGAGAUGGUGAUGGCAGCUGAUGAUGCAUGCUUUGGCAUGGUUGACGCUACUCGUCGAGGAAUUGCGGGUACAGUCCUCCUGUACAAAAUUCUUGGGGCAGCUGCGCUGAGGGGUGAAGGCAUGGUGGCAUUAAAGCAACUUGCCGCUCGUAUAUCAAGUGGAAUGCGCUCUGUUGGGGCGUCCCUUUCCUCAUGCUCACUCCCCGGGUCAAAACCAUCGUCGGUGGUGCCACAUGGCCUUGUUGAGGUGGGACUAGGCAUUCAUGGUGAAAAGGGACUGUACCAAAUACCGUUUGAGGGGGCGAAGGCGCUCGUUUCCCAUCUGAUUGGCAUAUUGCUUGGUGGUGGGAAAAGGCAUGAGACCCACGGGCAUGGGGGCGUGUUUAAGGACUGGGAAGGAGCAAAAGUGGCACUUUUGGUCAAUAAUUUGGGUUCCACAACGGAUAUUGAAAUGGGGAUUCUCACAUGUUAUGCCUUGGAGCAACUUCGGCAGGCCGGCAUAGAUGUGGUUGGUGUGUCUGUGGGCCGACAUAUGACAGCGUUGGAGAUGCAUGGAUUUUCAUUUACGCUGUUGCGGUUUUCUAACUUCGCUGACAUUGCCUUCUUAUUUGAGCCACAACAAGCACCACUUAUGCCGUUCACAGUCCCACAGUACUCCCUUGCCCCUGCCCCAGGAUGUCGUACUGCGCUGCAGUUGGCGCGGGAGGAGCAACAACGCGGGACGAAGUGCAGUUGUGUCUUGGGUGAAAUCCUUGAAGCUGUGUUUCAGGUUUUGAGGGACAACGAGGAUUAUUUGAAUAGUCUUGAUGCAGCGGUCGGCGACGGGGAUAUUGGAAGUGGAACAAAGCGUGCCGCUCUGGGAGCUUUGGAAAUUCUCCCCCAUCUUCCCUUGCAGACAAACGUCGGCAGGUCGUUUGUCUUGCUUGCGAAGACGGUGGCUGACGCUUUUGGUGGAUCCUCUGGACCAUUGUAUGGGGCCUUUUUGUUGGCUGCUGGUGCUGCAGCUUGUGAGACCAUGGGUAGAGAUGGUGCGAGCAGUGUGGAUGCUAUCCGGGCGGCGUUGAAGGCCGGCAGCGCUAAUAUUCAGCGUAUUGCACGCUCCAAGAAGGGUGAGCGGACGAUGGUGGAUGUUUUGGAGGCGUUGAACGAAAACCCUGCAGUGAACGCUGCUACUUCCAUUCAAGAAUUGGCCCGCGCCUGCACUGAGGUGGCAAAGAGGGCCGCCGCAGAAACUGCGCUUCUACCUGCAAAACACGGGCGUAGUCGAUACUUAAAGGGAAAGGAGGUGGGACAACCAGAUCCUGGCGCCGAGCUCGUUGUACUUUGGAUUACGGCUGCAGCAAGCGCGCUUCUGCCACAAGGCAAUUUAUGA